AUGGUCUCUACUCGUUCUUCCAUCACGCCAAGCGGGGCGUCGACUUUCCGCUCGGCCAAUGGAGGAACCGCCGACGGUUCGUCCUCGACACCUUCGGAAGGAGGAGCGACGGUCGAUGCGGCUGCGAACGGCCCGUCAGAACCCGCUUGUUCGCCGACCGGCCUUUCGAGCCUUUCGGACGAGUUGCUCGAGCACAUCUGGGAACUCGCUUUUGCCGAUGCGUACCAAACCUGGCCUUUCUCAACCAUCCUGGUCAUCCGAAGGAUGUGUCGCGCCGCGAUCCCGGCCUGGUACCGACGGUGCGAUCUUCACCAGGCCGUAGCGACCUUCGACAGCGACGUCGCUGCGUUGUUUCGCCACUCGCACGAGCGGGAGCACCUCAGGACGCUGGUAUUACAAGGAAACGGCGAUCCGACGCCUUGCCCGUUCGACGAAUACCUUCGAGACAUCUCCGGCAUCUCUACGCUACAAGAGUUGAUACUUAACGUCGAGAUCGACACUCCAAUCGCGCGCCCUCCGCCAUCUUUCCCCGCCCUCCGCCGACUCCGGUCCGACAGCGGUCAUCUCGCAACAUGGAUCCUCCAAGGAAGCAACCCAGCUCUUGGUGCUCUUGAUCUGUCUGUGGCCGACGAGCAUUCCGUGCCGUGCAUUCCGUGGCGGACUCUCCGAUACUUGUACCUCGCACUGCCACUGCCACGCGUCCUUCAAGCUCGCGCUCUCUUGAAAGGUCUGAAAUCCUACGACGAGAACGACGAACUCGCUGCCGCCGGGCUUCGCGGGAUGAGCAUUCGCUUAGGCAACUCGUACGCCUCAGAGGGUCUGGAAGAAGCCAGAACCGUCCACCAAGAGCUACUCGGCUCGCUCAGCAAAACCGGCAUCGGGCGUCUGAGGAUUUACGAACCUGCGGGCGAGGAUUGGGCUUGCGCAGCGAGCGCGUCGCCGGCACCAUCAAUCACCAGUUUGUGGUUCUCGUGCAGUCGAGGAGAUCCCGAUACGGAGCGAUGGACGCGACUCGCCCGCUUACUCCCUCUGUUCCCUUCGCUCCGCCGCCUCGAACUCAACGACUUCAAGUUCUGCUAUCUUUCUGUGACACCAGCAGACGAUGUCUCCAGCCUCCUGCAUCUCCAGCAACUUGCCGUCCAGCACCCGACUCUCGCCGCGAUCCUUCUCUACUUCAAGCAUACCCAAGUCCUGCAGCUUCGUCUCUCGUACUCGGGCGGAAUGAAGCAGCUGUGGGCUACAAGAUCGUCGACGCGCGAGGACUUCACUCUCGAGCGGUGGACGGUCGAAAAGGCGGAGCAGAACUUGGACGAGUACUGGUAG